AUGCCUCUGGACCUCUCCACCACGGCCGACGCUUCCAAUACACACGCCAACGAAGCAACCACCCACCCCCUCUCCUCGGCCACCGCACCCGCACACGCUCCGCUCCAGCCUGUGCAACAGAUCGCUGCCUCUUCCCUUGCCGCUCAUCCAACCGCCUCGCCGCUCAAGUCUCCUGCCGGCUCCGCAUCCAGCCUCGGCUUUACCACCUCGGCUCUUCAGCGCGCAGGUCUGCUCCCCGUCCACCCAUCGUUGACCAUGGCUGCCACCGCUACUCCGGGUGGUGCUGCCGCCGCUACUGCUGCUUCCGAGUCCCUCCAGAGGGUCAUGGGCCAUGGCGGCGCAUCGGCCGCCGCCACCAACGGCGCUUCCACCCCGGCACAGGCCGGCCCGCUCACCCCGGCGCAGCUCAAGAACAUGACGCCCGCCCAGGCCAAUGCGAUGCUCCAAAACCCCGUCGGCAACGUGCCCACCGUCUACCUCGCCACGUACUCCAACGUGCCCGUCUACGAGAUCACCGUGCGCGGCAUCGCCGUCAUGCGCCGCAGAGCCGACGGCUGGCUCAACGCUACCCAGAUCCUCAAGAUCGCCGGCAUCGAAAAGACGCGCCGCACAAAGAUCCUCGAGAAGAGCAUCCUCACCGGCGAGCACGAAAAGAUCCAAGGCGGAUACGGCAAGUUCCAGGGCACCUGGAUCCCGCUCCAGCGCGCACAGGAGGUCGCCGCCGAGUACAACGUCUCCCACCUCCUCCAGCCCAUCCUCGAGUUCGACCCGGCCACCGCAGACCAAAUCCCGAAGCUCUACCAGCGCAAGAAGCCCGCGCCCUCGGCGCGCAACUCGUCCGCCUCGGCCAUCAACGAUGGUCGUAGCGCCACGCCCACAAAGCACUACUCGCCCGCGCCCUCCAGCGUCGGCGGGCCCAGCCAGCAGCCCCGCUUCUUGGCGCUCAGACCGCCCAAGGACUCGCAGAACAGAGAUAUGUCGCCUGCUCUCUUCAUGCCGCCGGGCGCCAGCGGCCUGCUCGGCGGAUUCGGCGUCGAUGCGCACGCCGCAGCUGGCCCGCAUGCCAUCCCGCCCGGCUCCAGCCAGGCCGAGCAGGACGCGCUGCGCAGCUACAACGUCUACGGCUACACACCGCAGGGCGUGCCGCUGCCCGCGGCCGGAGCCACUGAUGCCUCGGCAGCGGGAGACAAGAGGGCGGCAGCUGAGGACGAGCACGAUGCCUCGUCGGCCGCCAAGCGCUCGCGCCUCUCGAGUCCGCAGCGCGAGUCGGGCCUCUUGCUGGGCCCCUCGCCCGUCAAGGAUCUCAAUGCGCUCGGCCCCGCCGGCGGCUCGCUCCGUGCCGCUUCGGCGCCGCGCGGCCAUCGCAUGGCCGUGGGCCCGCCCGACGCCGCAGGUCGCGAUGGCUCCGUGCCGCGCUACGCCGACCGCGCGCUCCCGCCAAAGCCGUACGACGAGGGCGAGAAGCGCAUGCGCGACCACCUCGUCAGUCUCUUCUCAGACGACAGUGUGCUUGCCGGCGUCGCUGAGCCCGUCACCGCCACCGAUGCUUCGCCGUCCUCGGCGCCAGGAGCGUCGGGUACGGCCGCUUCGGCUUCGACCGGCGCUGCCGCCAACGAAGCUGCCAACGGCACUGCGGACGACGAGGAUGCGUACGUGGCCAAGCUCGACCAUCUGCUGGCCGAGCUGCGCGACAAGGCGAGUCUGGGCGGCUUGGGCGGCAGCAGUGGCUCCGAGGGACCGCGCGCGACGGUGGACCUGGUCACGGACGACCAUGGGCACACGGCGCUGCACUGGGCGUCGGCGCUGUGCCGACUGGCGCUGGUGCGCACGCUGGUGGCUCGCCCGCACUGGCAGGGCGGGGCCAACGUGCACGCAGGCAACCAUGCGGGCGAGACGGCGCUGCACCGAUCGGUGCUGGUGACCAACUCGUACGACGCGUCGUCGUUCCCCACGCUGCUCAAGCUGCUCGCGGCGUCGCUCAACACGCGCGACUUUAAGAAGCGCACGGUGCUGCACCACAUUGCGCUCGUCGCGGCGCUCAAGGGGCGUGCGGCGUCGGCGAGGUACUACCUCGCGUGCGUGCUCGAGCUCGUCGCGGCCGACAAGAGCUCCAAGUACAAGGGGCUUGUGGAUGCGCAGGACGAGGAUGGCGAGACUGCGCUCGGCAUCGUCGCGCGUCUGGGCAAUGCGAGCAUGGUGAGGAUGCUGCUGGAUGUAGGGGCGCGUAAGGAUCUGCCGAAUGCGCUGGGGAUCCGACCGUCGGACUGGGGUAUCGAGAGCGGUGCAGAGUCGCACGAUGGGGCGUCGGUGGCAGCGAGUACCGUGUCGUCGUUGCCGCCGCUGACGGCGGCGGAUUUGGCAUCGCACAAUCCGGCCGAUGUGAUCUCGGCGCUGACGAGGCCGGCACAGAUGCCCGUGAUGAAGAGCAGCGACGUGCGCGACCAGCUCAGCUCGACGCUCGACGAUCUGCAGGCCACGUUUGCGCGCGAGCUGGGCGAGAAGAACGAUGCGCUCGCCACGGUGCAGAGCCACCUGCAGGCGGCGACGCGCGAUCUGGCCGCGAGGCGCAAGACCGUGGGUGCGGCGCAGGCCAAGCUGGCGGAGCGCGACGAGGCGAGACAGCGCGCCCAGAACCUGCGUCGUGCCAUCAUCGCUCAGCUGGCCAUCGACGAUGCCGAUGCCGAAGCCAGGCUCGCGGAGCUCCAGCACGAGGCGGAGGCGGCGUCGGCCACCAAGGAUGCAGAUGCUAUGGAUGUGGAUGGCGACGUGGUCGGGUUGGUCGAGUCUCUGGCAUCUGACAUCGUGGCUUCGACGAGCGAGGUCGAGGGGGAUGCAGAGGUAGAGGAGCUUGUGAGGCUUCGGUGGGUGGUGUCGGUUCUCUCGCAGAGCAGCGACUCGCUGGCGACGCAGAUCGGCGAGCUCGAACAGGCGGCAGCGACCAAGGAGGCGCAGUGCAAACAAGUCGUGGCGAUCUGCGCCAACAUUGCGCAGGACAAGGUGGAGGGCAUGCUCGACGAGCUGCUCACCGCCAUGGAGAGCGACGGUCCCGACGUCGACCUCGCAAGGGUAGCCACAUUUAUGGGCAAGGUCGCCGCGCCAGAGGCUGGUGAGCGGAAACAGGGGCUGUCGACGUCGACCUCCGGUAGCACCAACGUGUCGAGCGCAGAGACCGCCGCUAGCUCCACUGUCCCAGCGCCAAAGGACGAGGCAAAGCCGUGA